AUGUCAUUUGAACAUCCAACACAAAUUCGAGUAACAAUCCUAAAUCACCAUAGAUCCAUUCAUCCAUCUUCUUGUCUUGACGUUUCAAGAAAAGAAAAUCUAGAUAAAAUUUCCAGACAAAAUUCAUUGCCAGAAAAACCUUCAUUUCCAAUACAUUUUGUAACACGUAAAACCAAUGAAAGAUGUCGUAGUCAAUGUACAAUUCAUACGAAUCUUGCACGUAGUAGUCGAUUGUUAGGAGUGAAACAAAAGAAGAAGAAGAAGAAACGAAGCCACAGUAUGCCAUCACCGACAAAACAGAUCACUAAUGAAUCUUCUAUCAGUACACGUCCUAAUUUCAAUAACAAUAAUAACAAAUUAUCUCCGCUGCCAAACAAUCAGACGAUGCCAAUUAAUGAAGUCCAGGAUAAUAAUAAAAUAAUACCUAAAGAAACUUCAACUGAAUUGAAUUUCUCCCAGAAUAUGAAUAGAAUCAAUGAAAAUAAAACAAACAAAGAAGUUCUACAACGUCCAAGACACUUCAAUUGUAUUUUUUGCCGUUGUUCAUUGAUUCAUAUUGUAAUAGCAAUCAUUGCUACCGUUAUAGUUCUAUCGGCAUUUGCUGCAGUGAUUGUUGCUCUUUAUGGCAUCGGGAGAACGACGGCCACCAACGCAAAUACAACUAGCAGUACCAGUACCAUUACUACUGUAACCACAUCAACUACUUCAACGACUAGUACAACCACAAGUACAACUACAACUCCAUUAGUGUGCGGUUCUUCAUGUCUUAAUCAAUCGUGGAUUUAUUCUGCGGGGGUGGUUGCUUCAUGGGCGUUUGAAAAUUCUUUUGAAGAUUCUACUAAUGUCUACAAUGCAACUCCGGCGUCACAAACUCCUUCAUUUGUUCUUGGAUAUGUAGGUCAAGCUGCUUCAUUCAAUGCAACAGCGAAACAAGCUCUUCACACAGCAUAUAUUCCGUUUAAAAAUGUGAGUUUUACUGUAGAUGUAUGGAUGAAACAAAAUGGAUUUCCAAAUCCAUCAGACUACAGUAUAGUUGGCUUGUGCUCAUCGGUAAUAACUGAUAGUUGUCUUCAUAUGAAUAUUCGUAGUACCAAGUUCUAUAUGGGAUUCUAUUUUGAUGAUAUUCAAAGUGUAACAUCAAUGCCAUUGAAUUAUUGGAUGCAUGUAGCAUUUGUUUUUGAUGUCAGUAAUCUUCAACAAAGUAUUUAUGUUAAUGGAGUUCUCGAUCGACAGAGAACUGCUUCGAGCGCCUUAAAAAAUGCUAUAUCCAAUUUCACCAUUGGUACUAAUGCAUAUGUCAGGACGCCAAAUAAUUAUUUUCAGGGCUACAUCGAUCAAUUAUCAAUCAAUCGACGGGUAAAAUCUUCGUGUGAACUACUUGAUAUAGCAACACUAGCUGGUUACUUUAAGUUCGAUGUUAAUUCGUGUUUAAUAGAUUCUGGACCUAAUGGAGUGAUAACUAAAGCUUCGAACUAUUUGAUUAUCUCAGGUCAUAAAAAUCAAGCUAUAUCAUUUUCUGGUGCAUCGAUGUCUUAUUUUCAAGCAUCAGGCUUGACUGGAUUAGGUAUGAGUAAUCGAUCCUUUUCGAUUACAUUUCGUAUUCAACCUCAAAUCUUAUCUGGCACACUUGUCCAUUUGUCAACAUCAUCCUUAGGUACAGGAUCUCAAUGUUUUUCAUUAUUGGGUUUUACUUCAAAUGGAACAAUUGUUGCACAAAUUUUGACAAAUAAUAAUACUAUUAUAGCUGUUACUGGUCCUAUUUUACCGUUAUCGUCAGCAUGGACAGAAAUUGUUCAAACAUGGAGUUCGACAAAUGGAUUGAAACUCUAUGUUAAUAAUACGCUUGUUAGAUCUGUAGCAGCUUCAACAUUUCGCGGAAGUGAAACAACACCUAACUAUUUAACAUUAGGGAAUUGUUUGAAUGGUUGUGAUGCGUGUGUAAACGGAUCAAUUGAUGCACCAGGCCCAUUCACAGGUGCCAUUGAUGAUUGGCGAAUCUAUAAUCGUGAACUUAAUUCGAGCGAUGUAUGCACUCUAUAUUCGUCAUAA